AUGCCAUGGAUCUCCACAGCAGAGGUGGACGAGCAGAAAGAUCUGUUGAAGAUUCAAGGACACCAAGACAGUGUAGAUCAAACCUUCAAGGUGAUCCACGACCUCUAUCGUGACCAUGGUUUGGAAUUGGAUCAAGCUGAUGUCAGCAUCAAAAGACGAGAUGAGCAACCAGCUCACAGUGCUGGCCGCGCCUUUUACGCUGCUGGCCGAGCCUGUGAUGUGCUAAAAGUCAGUGAGGAUGAUGCAGCCUUCAUCCUGGGUCGUGUUGGCAAAACGAAGCACAAGAUCGCUCGGGUCUCCGGUGCACAGUUGGAGCUGCACGAGCGGAACAGCACUGUCGAAAUUUAUGGUGAUGAUGAAAGUCGGCACAGGGCUCGGAAGUAUAUCGACCUGGUCCGUGCUCAGCGGAUUGGCCCUGUGCACGUGGAUGAAUCCCACAACGAUGGGGACUUGACGUUGAUCUCUGUGCCCAGCAGUUGUGUGGGUUUUGUGACAGGGAGCCAGGGCAACUUUUUGCGUACGUGUGAAGAGGAGUGGGGCACCCUGAUGUUCUUCUGUGACUACCAAGGAGGCGUGGUUGAGAGCGUCGCCACACAAGCAACCGAGAAGCUGGCAAUUUUUGGUACUUUGUGGGCCCGCUGCGGUGCUGAACUCAAGGUCAUGGCAGCCAUCGAGACAAAACUGCCCGGUUUCUAUACUAGCACCUUGGGAGAGACGCAAUCUUGGGACGAGUGGGGGACAGACACCUAUCCCAUGCACAAUGAUCAGCUCUCCUAUGUGUUGGGCCGGAAAGGCUCCACGCGACAGAAGCUGGCACGAGCCAGUGGCUGCAUCAUGGAAUACGUGGGCAAUGUCGCAUUUAUGGCAGGAUACCUUCCAAACCGUCGACGCGGCCGAGAGUACUUGGGUUGGCUUUGCGACCAAGUUGGCAACAAGACUGGACGCAUCUCCAUUGAUCCGUCUUCUCGGGAAGACGUGACGCUGGUGCCAGUGCCAAGAGAUUGCAUCGGCUAUGUGAUGGGGGACAAGCGAAAGACACUGAGUCGACUGGAAGAGGAUUGGGAGACUCUGAUCUUCUUUGUGGACAGUCGAGCACUGCCUUUCAGCUACCACGAGGAGGAUGUGGAGGGCUUGGCCAUUUUUGGGGCAGAGCGAGGCCGAGCUGGCACAGAGCUCAAGGCUCGGUGUGGCCACACAGCAGAAUCGCAUGGUGUGACCGCAUGGAAGACAUAG